AAAUCAAACCAGUCCAGUUUACAGCUGCCACUAAUUUAUCUCAUCUUCCUCCUUACCUUCCUACAACAACUUGUCCCUUUAUUACAUACAUAUAAAAUAAGCCUGCAGGUCAAAUGUAUCCUUACCUCAUUGAAUAAUAUUUCCUGCAAAAAAAAACACACACACACACACACACACUAGAUCUUUCAAUCUACAAUACAUAAUUGUAACAACUUAUGGAAUUCACUAGCCUCCUCAAUACUUCAUUGAAUCUCAACACCAAACCUCUCAGAUUCCUCGACGAAUCUCCCGCUCAGAAGCAAGAAGUGGUGGAGAGUAGUUUCACUAUUGGGUUGGAAAGAAAUAGUGCAACUCUCAAAGAAGAGAGAGGUGCUUUGGUAGAAGAAAUCAAUAGGGUGAAUGCAGAAAACAAGAAGCUGACUGAGAUUCUGACAGUUAUGUGUGAGAAUUACAAUGAACUGAGGAACCAAUUAGCUGAGCACCAAACAAGCAAUAAUAAUAAUAAUAAUCAUGGAGGGGUAUUAUUGGAAGAUAGUAAUAAUAAUAAUAUUACUGCAUCAAAGAAGAGAAAAGCUGAUCAAACCAACAUAAUUAAUAGUAAUAACAAUAAUAAUAAUGUUGGCAACUCUGAGAGCAGCUCUAGUGAUGAAGAUUCAUCGAAGAAAUUACCUAGGGAAGAAAUCGUAAAAGCCAAGAUUUCCCGGGUUUUUGUUAGAACCGAAUCAUCGUCCGAUUCGAGCCUUAUAGUUAAGGAUGGCUAUCAAUGGAGGAAAUAUGGGCAGAAGGUAACAAGAGACAACCCUUGUCCUAGAGCUUACUUCAAGUGCUCUUUUGCUCCUACAUGCCCUGUCAAAAAGAAGGUUCAAAGAAGUAUAGAAGAUCAAUCGAUUGUAGUAGCGACAUACGAAGGGGAGCACAACCACUCUCAUCAAUUAUCGAAAAACGAGACGAAUUCGACUUCUCUAAGCUCAACCGCACCGUCGAUUAGUGUUGUUGAUAAUCUUGCAAAAAAGACAAAGCAAAGCAAAGAAGAUGCAAGAAGUUCAAAUUCAAAGGGCAAAAUUGACUCGUCACCGCAACAACAACAACAACUUCAACACUACCUUGUGGAGCAAAUGGCUUCUACUUUAACUAAAGAUCCUAAUUUCAAAGCCGCUUUGGCCGCAGCUAUUUCCGGCAAGUUUCUUUCUUCAGCUAAAUAAUAAUCGGAUAGCAUAUGUCUCAAAGAUGCUACACAUGGUGAAAUACGUCGUCGGGUAAUUUUAGUGAUUAAAAAUCUACACACAAAUCUCACCUGGUGAAGUUCACCGGAUGUAGCAUAUACUGGAGGACAAGCCAAAAAGAAGAAACGGCAAUUGUAUAUAUAUUUGAUUUUGUAUUAGUAUUACUAUUCUUAACUAGAACCACACCAAAUGGGGGAAAACGUCGGAAAUUGUACGGAAAUGAGUGAUACUAGAUCGGAAAUUGGUCGAGAGUAGAUUUUUAUUUGUGAAAUGGGUUCAUUCUUGUUGAGAUUAAAAGAAAUUGUGAUGAUCUUCUGCUAGCUGAUUCACUUGUUUAUUAUAUCAGUUGUUUAUAUGGUAU